UGCUUCUAGUUGGGUUUUGAAAAGCUUGAUCCCAUGUUCUGGAAGAGGAAUGUUCCAGAAUAUUGGGAUCGAUUUUGUGUGGAGCAAGCUUUCUGUUUUAGUUUAUAGUAUGCUGCAUUUGUUGUAGCACCUGUAUUCUGUGGUAUUCAUGCCAUCAGAUCAGUCUAACCAUUAUUUGUUUAACUGCAGGUUGGGCAACAGUGAUGCAUAUCUACAAUGAUCCCACUAUAGAUUUAUCUGGUCAGUAGAGAAUCACUCUGACAGUUUGAUCCAAUAUGUCAUUUACCUAGUCUUUUCUUGCUUAAACAACUAGUCAAUUUCUUUUGAAGAUCUAUUUUUAACUGCGGCUCUCAUGUCGAACUACCCAUGUAACUCAAUGCUGUUGGUGUUGCUUAAUACUGGAUUUUUCGCUCUGAGCAUUCUUCAGUCCUUUCUUCUCCCCUUAUAUCUUAUUUCAAUAUUAUGGAGAAUGGAGUUACUCUUUCUUUGUUUUGAGGUAUGUUAUCGGAUUUCAUGGAAGUGAUUAUAAAUGCUUCAAUGUGUAUCGGUUAAUGUUGUCUGAACUGAAGGAGUCAUCAGAUUCUGUUCAACGUGUAUUUGCUUUCAAUUGAGUUUGUAGGCUACUCUGUUCUAAAAUCCCAGUUCAAAGACUGUUACUUUAUGACUCCUAUAACUAAAAUAUCGAUUAAAAUUUCAUCCACUUAUGUUGUAGAAAAUAAGCUUAUUCUUUUUUUAUCAAUGUGCUGGUCCUGUACCCCUGGCUUGAUGAAUAACUGUGCUCUAGUUCCCUUUCCAGAAAGACCGGUUCUCUACUCAGGUGGUGUAUCGGCAUGGGGGCAGUUUAAACUUCCACAUCAGAUGAUGGCUACAGCAAACAGUGCAGGAUCUUCCGGUUCCCAGAUGGACUUCUUAAGUGAACUUCGCCGAGCCAUGCACAAUGCCAAUACUGGUUCUAACAGCUAAGAUUAUCUAUUCUAAUUGAGUGAAUCCCUUGUGACCCAGCUAUGUACCUGUCUUAUAUACUUUGUAGAUUCUCUUGUGGGUCAAGUUAUAUAGAAAAAAUAGUGAUGGAUGGAUGCUUCAGAACUGUGGCUGGUUUGGUGUAGACAUGCUCCAUGCAGAACCAUGUUAAUGCCCCAUGUUAUGUUAUUUAUGUGAGCAGAACGAGUUCCAUCUGUAUUCGAUUGAGCCCUGGCACUUUGUUUGCAUAGCUGAUAUGGUUGCCCUAAUACAGCUGGUGGAACUAUUAAAUUACCUUAGAAGAG